GCUGUAUUCUUCACUGUGGCUCUCAUGGCUAUGGCAUCUCCUUCAAUGACAUUUGACAUGGGUCAGUCCACUCGUUGCGUCGCCAUUCCCAACCAGAUGAAGGUCUGCAAAGAUGUAGGAUACUCAGAGAUGCGACUGCCCAACUUCUUGGGCCACAGCAACCUGGAAGGCGAGGUGGUGCCUCGUUCAGAGGACUGGAGGCCCUUGUUGCAGACAGGCUGCCACCCUCAAGCCCAGGCCUUCCUCUGCUCACUCAUUGCUCCUGUCUGUCUUGACACAUUUAUCCAGCCCUGCCGUAGUCUAUGUGUGGCAGUGAGGGACAGCUGUGCCCCAGUGCUUGCCUGCCAGGGUCACCCAUGGCCUGAGGCUCUUGACUGUGACCGCUUCCCUGCUGAAGAGGACAUGUGCCUUUCUCCUCAUGCAAAAUUUAGCACUGCCCCAAUCUGUGCCUAUGGACAGGCUGGAUGCCAUGUCCCUUCCCUGGCAGAUCUCUUCGACAGGGUCAUACAACAGUCUUCAAGAAUGCAUGGCAUCUCCAGUGAUCUCCAUUCUGAGUUUGAGCAAUAUUUCCUUCCCAGCAAGAACCUAAUAGGUAAACGGAAAUGCCACACAUAUGGCAUACUAACACCAGACGACAAAGAGAAUGCACAAAGACUGGGACGAGAACAGCUGACAGAGGUGAUUCUGAGGCUGCUGGGGGCCUGGGGUGACCCCCUGUCACAACUCUACCGGAGCAUGUCUCAGGAUCAGAAUCAAGACUUCAACCACUACAGCUCCAACAAGGCACUGGAGAUCAGUGAUAUGGUGCAUGAGCUGAGGGAUGGAGUGUCAAAAAUGGCUGACAAAAUGAAGCUAUUGGGAGUGCUUGGUAACACUGUGGGUUACAUCUCUCCUGAGGGUUUGGUACCCUCUUCUGCUAUUUCCUUCUAUAAACGAGGAGAACUCAACUCAAUGGACCAUCAUGACCUGCUCUACUGCUUCCGCAGGGACUCCAACAAAGUCAAAAAUUAUCUCCGCAUCCUGAAAUGCACCACCCUUCCUGGACUGGACUGUUAA